AUGGGUGGUGUAACCAGUGAGAUCAUUUGUCAAGAGGAGUUGGAAAAGAUUAGGAAUAUCAUUGGCAAGGAAACUGAAAAUCUUGAACAAAUAGCAAAAAAGAUCCAGAAUAAAAUAGCAGAACAAGAUGGCGCCACACUGAAAAUUGCUGUAACCGGGGAGUCAGGAUCUGGAAAAUCCACCUUUAUCAAUGCCAUCCGUGGUGUGGCUCAGGAUGAUGAAGGUGCUGCAGCAACAGGUGUAGUGGAAACCACCAUGGAACCAACUGAAUAUCCUCACCCCCAGGACAAAAAUGUAACAUUUUGGGACCUUCCAGGUCUGGGAACUCCUGAGUUUCAGGCAGAAAGUUAUCGUGAAAAAGUUAGGAUGGACGACUAUGAUUUUUUCAUAAUCAUUGCAUCAGAACGAUUCAAAGAAAGUCACAUCCAACUGGGAAAAGACAUCAGAGACAUGAAUAAAAAAUUCUACUUUAUUCGAUCAAAGGUUGAUCAAGACUUGACCAACGCUAAACGAUGUAAUCCGAAGACGUACAAUGAGGAAAAAGUACUUCAAACACUCCGAGAGGACUGCGUUAACAAACUGGAGGAGGGGGGAUUAGGACAACCACACGUGUUUCUACUUUGCUCCUUUGAUUUGAGUCUGUAUGAUUUCCACGGCAUGAUAGAAACCAUGCAAAAGGAAAUGCCCGAUCACAAGAGACGCAAAUUUCUUCUGUCCUUGCCUGUUACUUCUUUACAAAUAAUCGAGGGCAAAAAUCAAACAUUAGGAAGUGAUAUUUGGCUAAGGGCUCUUGGGACAUCUUUUGCGACGGCUAUGGCUUUGCCUGGUCUGUCUUUUGGUUAUAAUGCUGUAAUAAUGGAAGAAACCUUAAAAUUAUACGUGAAGACUUUUUCUCUCGAUGAAGCUUCCUUGAAAUAUUUAGCUACAGAGUCUCUCAAAGAUUUUAAAGAAAUAAAAUCUGUAAUGCAAUCUGCAAUCACCACCCAGGAAAUCAACGCGUCCCUUGUUUUAACAUUGCUGAAGGAAAGUGUAGAUAGAACGGUUUCAAUAACCGAAAAAGUUCUCAGUUUUUUCCCAAUUCUUGGCAGUCUUCCCGCAGCGGGCAUUGCUUAUGUUACAACAUAUAAAGUACUAACAGAAUGCCUCCAAGAUGUCGUUAAAGAUGCAAAAAAGGUUCGGGAUCUGAUUCUUCAAUAA